UCUGAUAUUCAUUGUAUGUAUGUGCUGUAUAUGCUUAAUGUGUUAAGUUAGUUUGAUGUGUGUGUUAUAGUUAUAGUUAGAAUUUAGUGUUAUUUGUCUUUAUUAGUGAGUUUUGAACAGUCGACCUCCGUGUCUAUGUCAUUUCCCUUUCCUAUGUUAGCUAUUUGCCCUGAUGUCUCGAUGUAACAUCAAAUAGCUAUAAAAAUAAAUUCACCCAUCCGAAAUCAUCACAACAUUGCAACCACAUAGACAAACUGCAGAUAUUCGCUGAGUCUCAGAAAUUCCUGGAACAAAACCAACAAUGUAUUUCCAAACGACAACCCGUACCAUUCAGGCAGAACACACAGGGCAGAAAGGCAGCAGAAAAUCUACGGCAUACGUAUCUAUUUCCAUCAUCAUAAAUAUAGUCUGGAAAAUGCCUUUUAACAUCGUUGAAACUGUAGAUGGUAGAGGCCACAAGGAGCUGUUGGCCGUCCCUGAAACAUGGAUUCAAGGAACAAGCAAAGGGAUAAAUUACCUUAUGUGGCCAAACGUCCGGCGAGCCGAUAGUUUAAACGCGCUUUUACUAGAUGAUUCAAGCAUGCCUUCUAAUUCAUGGGAGAGAAUAAUGUGCAAGAUAAAACGUACAGGACUGGAAACAAUCGCACAAGCUAAUCGCAUUAUACAGGAUAUGUGUUUGGUUUCAUCAACGGAUUGUAGUGUUGUGCACGAAGAAAAGUUAUACAAACCUAGAAAGACGAAGCAACAUGCUUUCAAACCAGACAACAGAUUUCAACAAAUGUUAGUUGAGGAACAGCCAAAAGAAGAGAGUAACGAGGCCAUAGAAUGCUUGAAUGAAGACAAUUCAAUAGAAUUUGAGGAAGAGGAAUAUUUGGAAAAGGAUGAAACUAGCAGUGAAGUUGACCAACUUAAACUACACGAUUCGGAACCUGCAAAUCUCAACAAAACAGUGAUUACCACACCUGAACUUUCUCCUAGUAUUGACGAACGAUUGGAAAAAUUAGAAAGAGCAAUGUCUACAGUUUUGGCGAAAUUGGAUAUUCUUCUAGAUAAAACAGUUAUUCCGGUAUCCAUGCGUCGCAAGAGAAAUGACAUAGGAUUUCAAGUGGUCAGUAGCAUAGAAGAGCUGUCAAUUUUAGAAUCAAACUUGGCCCAACCAGAUUAUUUCAAUGAAGUUUCGUCAUGGUUAGAACAUAACAUAUGGGAAAUCACCCCCGAAAAUAGGAUGAUAGAAAUUUUGGAUCUAAUUUUUUCAAAAAAUUUUUUGACCCUCUGUAGUUGGACCGGCAUAGGUAAGGGAAAAGAAAAAGUUCCUAUGAUGACACAUAAAAAUAUUCUUGAAUUAUUUAGACUUCAUGGCAGCACAGAAGAGGCUGUGGUCACCGAUAAAGUUUUGGCUCGUUUUUUUAUGAAAAGCUCAAAAAUGCAACAAAACGAGCUUAUUCGAAGGGAUUGCGAAAAAGUACACAGCACAAGUUCGAAUCUGUUUGAAUUCAUUGUUUUGUUGUAUAACAAUAAACUAUGUGAAUUUAUUAUUUCAAUGUAUGAAUUAAAGGAAUAAAAACAUAAAGAUCGGGUGUCCUGGUUUGUA